GCUAGUGGCAAUAGAGGUAGAAUUGGGCGCUCAAUCGGUCCCAGCUCGUCUUUCAAACGACAGUCGAAUCUCUAGAGACCGUUCCUGCCGUCAAGAUGCAGCUCUCGCCUAAGGAGAUCGACAAGCUCGUUAUCUCGCAACUUGGCACGUUGGCCCAACGUCGCCUUGCGAGAGGAGUCAAAUUGAAUCAUGCCGAAGCUACAGCGCUGAUCGCGAACAACCUCCAAGAGCUUGUUCGCGAUGGCAGACACACCGUCGCCGACCUCAUGUCCAUUGGCAAGCAGAUGCUUGGCCGCCGACACGUCCUUCCCUCUGUCCUGAGUUCGCUCGCGGAACUGCAGAUCGAAGGCACUUUUCCCACGGGCACCUAUCUCGUUACUGUACACCAUCCUAUAAGCUCUGACGACGGAGACCUCGAGAAGGCACUUUAUGGCAGUUUCUUGCCUGUGCCGCCCAAAGACGUGUUUCCGCUGGCGGACCCGGAGGAGUACAGGCCGGAGCGACAGCCUGGCGCGGUCGUACCAGUAAAGAACAAGAGAAUUGUAUUGAACGAGGGUCGCAAGAGAAUCAAACUCAGGGUUGUCAGCAAGGGAGACAGGCCGAUUCAGGUCGGUUCGCACUAUCACUUCAUUGAAACGAACCCUCUCUUGGAGUUUGACCGGGUCCGCUCUCAUGGAUUCCGCCUUGAUAUACCCGCCGGUACCUCGGUCAGAUUUGAGCCUGGCGACUCUAAAACGGUUACUCUGGUUCAAAUCGCCGGCAAUCAGGUUAUCAAGGGCGGCAACGGCUUGGCGUCUGGUCACAUUGGCGACUUGUCUAUCGCGGAGAAUAUAGUUGGGCGCUUGCAGCAAGGAGGCUUCCUCCACAAGCCUGAGCCAAUUGGUGAUGCUGCGCACAUCAACUUCGCUACCAUGGAUAGGCAGGCGUAUGUGACCAUGUUCGGACCCACGACUGGUGAUCUCGUGCGUCUCGGUGCUACAGAUCUCUGGAUCAAGGUCGAAAAGGACUUUACGCACUAUGGCGACGAGUGUUCUUUCGGUGGCGGCAAGUCCUUGCGUGAGGGCAUGGGACAAGCUGGUGGUCGUUCCGAUACGGACACUCUUGAUACCGUCAUCACCAAUGCCUUGAUCAUUGACUGGAGCGGUAUAUACAAGGCUGACAUUGGUAUCAAAAACGGCAUCAUUGUUGGAAUCGGCAAGGCUGGUAAUCCAGAUGUCAUGCAUGGCGUGCAUCCUGAUCUCAUUAUAGGCUCUUGCACCGAUGUUGUUGCUGGAGAAGGGAAGAUCAUCACGGCUGGUGGAUUUGACACCCAUAUCCAUUUCAUCUGUCCGCAGCAAGCAGAGGAAGCUAUAGCUUCAGGCAUCACUUCGAUGCUUGGUGGAGGCACUGGACCAAGUACCGGAACAAAUGCUACUACUUGCACUCCUGGCAAGACGCAUAUCCGCCAAAUGCUGCAGGCUGUCGACCACUUACCACUCAACUUCGGUAUCACUGGCAAGGGUAACGAUGCAGAAAUGAAGCCUCUCCGUGAGCAGUGUGAAGCCGGCGCAGUGGGCCUGAAGCUGCACGAAGAUUGGGGCUCGACGCCUGCGGCCAUUGAUGCCUGUCUGAGCGUUUGCGACAAAUACGACGUCCAGACGCUCAUCCAUACGGAUACGCUCAACGAAUCUGGUUUCGUCGAGCAGACCAUCAAAGCCUUCAAGGGCCGGGCGAUCCACACGUACCACACCGAAGGCGCUGGCGGCGGGCAUGCCCCCGACAUCAUCUCGGUUGUUGAACACCCCAAUGUCUUGCCCAGUUCCACUAACCCUACGCGUCCAUUCACAAACAACACGCUUGACGAGCAUCUGGACAUGCUGAUGGUGUGCCAUCACCUCAGUCGCAACAUCCCAGAAGAUGUCGCGUUUGCGGAGUCUCGCAUCCGUGCCGAGACCAUUGCCGCCGAAGACGUUCUUCAUGACCUCGGCGCCAUCAGCAUGAUGUCGUCGGACUCGCAAGCCAUGGGCCGCUGCGGCGAAGUGAUUCUGCGGACAUGGCACACGGCGCACAAGAACAAGGUGCAGCGCGGGCCUUUGCCCGAAGACAAGGGGACAGGCGCCGACAACUUCCGCGUCAAGCGCUACGUGUCCAAGUACACGAUCAACCCGGCGCUGACGCAAGGCAUGGGCCACCUGAUGGGCAGCGUCGAGGUGGGCAAGCUGGCGGACCUGGUGCUCUGGAGCCCGGCCAACUUCGGCGUCAAGCCGCAGCUGGUCAUGAAGAGCGGCAUGAUCGCGUGCGCGCAGAUGGGCGACCCCAACGCCUCGAUCCCCACCAUCGAGCCCAUCUACAUGCGCCCCAUGUUCGCGACCUUGGUGCCCAGCACCAGCGUGACGUGGGUGUCGCAGGCGAGCAUCGACAGCGGCGCUGUCGCGGGCUAUGGGCUCAAGAAGAGGGUCGAGGCUGUUAAGGGGUGCAGGACUGUUGGGAAGAAGGACAUGAAGUUCAAUGACUCGAUGCCUAGGAUGUCGGUCGAUCCGGAAAGAUAUACUGUUGUGGCAGAUGGGAAGCUGUGCACGGCGGAGCCGUCGGAGAGCUUGCCGUUGGCGCAGGCGUAUUUCGUCUACUAGGUUUGGGUGGGAUGAGGAAAGGGGUUCCCAGCCAGAUUUGGUUACAAUGUUUGGACUGGCUAGCAGCCUUGGACUGUUAAUAUUAGCGUUGGCUGCUUAGAAGGUUCCUCUCGUUAUAACGGUAAAGACAUGUGAAAGAUUGCAUAUA